AUGCUCAAUCAUCACGUGAUAGACGCUACCUGGGACGGCGAUAGGGGCCGAUGGUACUUGAAGAUUAAGAACCUCGAGACGGGACAUGUCAUCGACUGGUGUAACUUUAUGAUCCACGCGUCUGGCAUUUUGAAUCACUGGAAGUGGCCGGACAUUCUCGGUCUUAAGAGCUUCAGAGGUCAGCUUAUCCACGGUGCGGCGUGGCCAGACAGCGCGGACUACCACGGCAAGAGAGUCGCGGUUCUGGGAUGCGGCUCAUCCGGGAUUCAAAUUGUGCCAACCAUUCAGCCUGACGUUGAGCAGCUCGUUAACUUCAUCAGGACGUCCACUUAG